AAACACACGAUAAUUUUCAAAAUUUACAGAUUGUUUUAUCAUGUUACGAAAUUUUGUUUAAAUAUCCCAAGUGGAGUUUCAUAUCCAAAUUAAAGCGGUAAUUACCUCCUAUAACUCCUGCACGGCUAUACAAAAUGCCCCGCCGAUCUUCCAACUCUAACUCAGAAGAAUCUCCCGUUGCCAGACGCACUAGUGCUAGGAUCGCUGCUGCUCAGGCGGCAUCCCCUACCAAGUCUCCAGUCAAGUCUCCCCGCCGUAAACGACAGUCUACUGAAGCGACUAAAUUGGCUUCUGAGGAUACCGAAUCUCAGCAGUCACAGGUUAAAAGCGAAGAUAGCAUAGAAGAGAUGAAUGGUAUUGAUAACCUUGUUAAAGAUACCGAAACUACUCCCGACCAAACUGAAAUACCCCAUAAGAAGGCUAAAGUCAUUGAAGAAACAAGCAGUGAUAACAAAACUGUAUCUGCACAUUGUGUAGAUCAGUCAAGUUCUAAAGAAAAGGAAAGUGAGGUAUCGCCAAGUGUAACGCACACUCAAGAAAUAAACGCAGUGGCUAGUGAUUUUGAAAUUGUUGAGCAUAGCUCAGUUCCAUCAGCUGAUAGCGCCGAAGUACAGGCAGCUAUCUCUGUUCAAGGUGAGGACGGCCAACUUCUAGUCGGGUUUGUCCAAGUAGAUAAAGAAGAGCUCCCAGCUGCAAACAGUUUGGAAAUCAAACAGAUAAUUGCUUCAGAGGCUGAAAGCGAGAAAUUAGCCUGUGGCCUGGAAAAUGUUCCCAAGACGGAGACUAUAUCUGAAUCCGCUGUCAACAACCUAAAUGGCACUGUUGAGUCAAAAGAGCUUACUAAAGACGAUUCAAAAGCUAACGGCACAGUGGAUAAUGAAACCCAUCAUAAGGCCCCUGUCUCCACCGAACAGCCUGUUGUCCAGUCACUUGUCGCGCCUGCUGCUGGAGAUAUUGUUCCCGAAGUCGUACCUGAAAUGAUUUCUCAACAAUAGUUCAUUCCUCGUUCAUCAGACACCUGUCACAUCACAGGCAUCAUAAGCUGACUGAUUAGUUAUCUGUUAAUUCGGCAGCCCGGUCGUCGAGAAUUUGUUUUCUUUAAUUAUAUGUUCAGUAAUGGAUACCAGACUUUUAUAGAAAUUGAAACAGUCAAUUGUAUUGUCUCCUGUCAGCCGAAAUGCACAUCACAUUUCCUACUCAUCCUCCCUGUAGGUCACUGAUCUCAGCAUAUACAAUGUGUCUGAUACUUAAUGAUAAAUGAAUUUUUUUCUUUAUUUGCUUUUUCUUUCAUUCUUUAUGUAAACGCUUAUUUCACUAAAUCCACUGUGUCGAUAUACUUCAUAUAUUCAUAUACGCUUGCAAGAUUUUGUAUCCUACUCGUCAUUGUAUGUUCGUUCUUUAACAUUUCCAUAGUUUCAUGUUUAUAGCCACUUUGCAAGUUAUCGCGUUGCCUGUAUUAUCACACUCCAUUUGCAUUUGGUUGUUUAUAAAAAUUAAAGUUCAUGUCUAAUAUUUGAAUAAUAUUUUCUGUAAACUGUCAAGUGUUCACAUGACUUCUUCAAAUUAAUCAUACUCUGCUCAUUCCAAAGGAGAAAUUUUGGUGUAUGAUAAUUAAAAUCUGCGCCAGCUCAUCUGACUGUAAGCCAAUGGUACGAUCUUGUGUUCACUUAAUAAAGGGUUCCUAGACUAAAUUCCUAAAAGUUUACGGCGUAUUAUUCAGCGAAGUUGAUGAGUAUCAAGUGGCUGAUUUCAUUCAUACAUGCACGAGUAAAAGUGUCUAUGCCAAUCAAUACCACAUGUUUCAUUUAUACCCAAUACACCUCAAUUAUCUGGCUAAAUCAAGUAUUGAAUUAAUUCAGCUUCUAAUUAACAUAAAUUCAAGUUAAUGCGGUUAGUCUGCAAGGUCCUUUUACCUCCCAUAGAUUAACCGAUAUUAUUCGUCUACUAC